AACCAGCCUGGUGGAGAACCAGCCUGGUGGAGAACCAGCCAGCUGGCGGACGGGCUACACGGUGGGGGAUGCCAGAGCCAGGUGCUGAAAUGAAGAUCCACAAGAAGGUUCUCAACCACUACCUGUCCUGCACAUCACCGGUGGACAAAGAGGGCUAUCUCUACAAAAUGAAAGAGCGCACGGCCACAUACCACCGGCGGUGGUUCGUGCUGAAGGGCAACGUGCUGUUCUACCAGGAGAGGCCGGCAGACCGUCACCUUCUGGGCGUCAUCGUGCUGGAGGGCUGCGUGGUGCGGCGCGGCGAGGCAGACGGCCAGCUCUGCUUCUCGCUCGUCUUCCAGGCGCCGGGGCUCAGGGCCUACCGGUUCGCCGCGGAGGAGCGCCUGACCCAGGAGAGUUGGGUCAAGGUCUUGCUCUCCGCGAGCCACUGUAACCUGUCUCUGCUGGUCAGAGACCUGGGCCAUCAGUAUGAAGCUAAACGUGAAGCAGCUUCUGUUGCCAGCGGUUCUACGGUGAAGGGGGACAGCAGCCAGCAGCCGUCGCUCGCUCGGGUGAGGCACCACUCGCUCCUGACGAUAGAGGGCGCCAAAUGCGACGUCCGAGACGGGCGAAGUUACAGCACCGGCCACCUGCUGCAAGAACCCUCGUUUUCUCCCAAAGCUGCGAAUAAGAAAUCACCGAAGCAUUGGUCGAAGAGGAACGCGCAUGUCACCCCGUUAAACGGACCAGCACCUCUCUAUGGCGAGUGGCCGUCGGUGGGGUUGGAUCCCCUGGAAGAGUUCAGCAAACUGCACGAGUAUUAUGGGGAAGAGGUGCUGCAGGUGAGGGGGGCGUGGCUACGGAGGAGGCAGGUGGACAAGGAGCAAAGGGAGGCCGCUCUGAUUGACAUUUAGUGGACAUUUUAAUGGAGACGUGUUAUUGUUUUUUUAUAAUAUGGUUCAUGCGUCAAAUGUAAUGUGUGUGGGAAUAAUAUACAUUGUAAAUAGGAUGACAUUAAACCCAUUUCAUGUUUUAAAUUAGAAUUGUGUUAUUCCCUCAUCAACUUGGAGGCAACAGUAUUAAAACAAAUAAAUAUGGCAAUAUAACUCUUUGCUCAAUCGAAGUAAAUUAAAGUUAAUUGGACUACUCAU